CAAUCACCGCCUCCGCUUCGGGGGGCUGGGCUGCACAGCACUGUCUGCGCUGAACUUGGCGUCGGUGCUCUGUUACAGCCAUGCAGCUUAUUGCUCUAACUGCUGUAAAGCACUUGGCCCUCAGGAGAAAAGUCCUUUUCCGCGGUUUCCGACAAACGGCAACCAUGUCCACACUCCUGAUCAACCAGCCGAAAUACUCCUGGCUCAAAGAACUAGGCCUAAAGGAGGAAAAUGCCGGAGUUUACAAUGGAGCGUGGGGAGGGAAGGGAGAGGUCAUCACUUCUUAUUGCCCUGCCAACAAUGAACCCAUUGCAAGAGUCCGACAGGCCACGAUGGCAGAGUAUGAAGAGACCGUGAACAAGGCAAAAGAAGCCUGGAAAGUGUGGGCAGAUAUUCCAGCUCCUAAACGGGGAGAAAUUGUAAGACAAAUAGGAGAUGCUUUAAGGAAGAAGAUUAAAAUUCUGGGUAGCUUGGUAUCCCUGGAAAUGGGAAAAAUUUAUGUAGAAGGUGUGGGAGAGGUUCAGGAGUAUGUAGAUAUCUGUGACUAUGCUGUUGGUCUCUCCAGAAUGAUUGGCGGGCCUGUUCUACCUUCAGAAAGACCAGGUCAUGCUCUUAUUGAGCAGUGGAAUCCAGUUGGUCUUGUUGGAAUCAUCACUGCAUUUAACUUUCCAGUGGCUGUAUACGGCUGGAACAAUGCUAUAGCACUUACAUGUGGAAAUGUCUGUCUAUGGAAAGGUGCACCCACUACUCCCCUUACUAGUGUAGCUGUCACAAAAAUCAUUGCAGAGGUGCUGGAACAAAACAACCUGCCUGGUGCAGUUUGCUCCAUGGUGUGUGGGGGGGCUGAUAUUGGAACGUCCAUUUCUAAGGAUGAGCGGAUUGACCUGGUGUCCUUCACUGGCAGCACUCAUGUAGGGAAGCAAGUGUCUUUGAUGGUGCAGGAGAGAUUUGGGCGCCAGUUGCUUGAGCUUGGUGGGAACAAUGCCAUUGUGGUUUUUGAAGAUGCUGACCUUAACCUCGUGGUGCCUUCUGCUGUGUUUGCUGCUGUGGGAACAGCAGGCCAGCGCUGCACAACAACAAGGAGACUGCUGCUUCAAGAAAGUAUUCAUGAUGAAGUGGUGGAAAAAAUUGCAAAAGCCUACAAACAAGUUAGAAUUGGUGAUCCCUGGGAUCCCAGCACUCUGUAUGGUCCCCUUCACACGAAGCAGGCAGUUGAGAUGUACAAAGCAGCAAUCGAAAAAGCCAAAGAGCAGGGGGGCACUUUAGUGUGCGGAGGGAAGGUGAUUGAUCGUCCUGGGAACUAUGUGGAACCCACCAUAAUCACUGGCCUUCCCCACGAUGCACCUAUUGUCCAUACAGAAACCUUUGUUCCUAUUCUGUAUGUCCUGAAGUUCAAGACUGAGGAAGAAGCUUUUGCCUGGAACAAUGAGGUCAAGCAGGGUUUGUCCAGCAGCAUCUUCACUAAGGACCUGGGCAGAGUAUUCCGCUGGCUGGGCCCCAAAGGCUCAGACUGUGGUAUUGUAAAUGUGAACAUUCCAACCAGUGGGGCCGAAAUUGGAGGAGCUUUCGGUGGAGAAAAGCACACGGGAGGUGGGCGAGAGUCAGGAAGUGAUUCCUGGAAGCAGUACAUGAGGCGAUCCACAUGCACCAUCAACUACAGCAAGGAUCUGCCUCUUGCUCAGGGAAUCAAGUUCGAGUGAAAACAUCAGAAUAUAAACAGACAAACAGGAAAACAGCAAAUGUGCAAUCUCAAAGUAGACUGAUCUGAUCUCUUUCUCAACUACAAUUACAUUACAAUGCCUAUUCUUUAGUCAUGGGGGGGGGGGUUAAUGCUAUUUUGAAUUUUCUAAUGUAAUUCUGAAUAUAGAGUUAACAGCAUUACCUAAAACUUGGGCACUUACGAAGAAAUGGAGUAAACUGCAUCUGGUAAUUUUGUACUGCAUAAAAGUGGGAAAACCAUUGAAAAAGCCUUUCAGAACUUAAACCCACAAUCUCUGAUUCUUUAAAUCAACCAUUUUUGUGUUCUUUGUAAACACUAUUCAAUUCAUGCUUUAUUCAAAUAAACCAUGCUUUUUUCAAUUAA